CUCUCCUCUCCUCUCCUCUCCUCUCCUCUCCUCUCCUCUCCUCUCCUCUCCUCUCCUCUCCCUCUCCUCUCCUCUCCUCUCCUCUCCUCUCCUCUCCUCUCCUCUCCUCUCCUCUCCUCUCCUCUCCUCUCCUCUCCUCUCUCUUCUCUCCUCUCCUGUCUCCCCUCUCCUGUCUUCCCUAUCCUCUCUUAACUAUCCUCUAUCCUUUCUCUUCUUCUCUCCCCCCACCAUUCUCCUCCCUACUCUCUCCUCUCUGAUCUCUCAUCUAUCCUCUGUCCUCUCUCCACUCUGGUCUCUCCUCUAUAUUCUCUCCUCUCUCCUCUCUCCUCUCUUCACUCUUCUCUAUAGUCUCUUCUCUCCUCUCUCACCUCUCCUCUCUCCUCUGUCCUCUCUCCUUACAUUUACAUUUACAUUUCAGUCAUUUAGCAGACACUCUUAUCCAGAGCGACUUACAGUUAGUGAGUGCAUACAUUUUCAUACUGGCCCCCCGUGGGAAACGAACACACAACCUUGGCGUUGCAAGCGCCAUGCUCUACCAACUGAGCUACAGCUUCUCCCUUCCUCUCUCUUCUCUCCACACUCCACUCUCCACAUUCCUAUAUCCUCUCUCCUCCCCUGUCUCCCCUCUCCUGUCUCCCCAUCCUCUCUCUAUCCUCUCUCCUUUCUUCUCUCUUCUCUCUCCUCUCUCCUGUCCCCUCUCUCCAUUCUCCACUCUCCACUCUCCUAUAUCCUCUCCUCUCUCCCCUCUCCUCUCACCUCUCUCCUCUCCUCUCUCCUCUCUUGUCUCUCCUCUCUCCUCUCUCCUCUCUCCUCUACUCUCUCCUCUCUCCUCUCUCCUCUCUCCUCUGUCCUCUAUCCUCUAUCCUCUCUCCUCUCUUGUCUCCCUUAUCCUCUAUCCCCUUAUCCUCUAUCCUCUCUCCUCUAUACUCUCCUCUCUCCUCUUACCUCUCUCUCUCCUCUCUAUUCUCCUCUCCUCUCCUCUCUCCUCUUUCCUCUCUCUCUCCUCUCUAUUCUCCUCUCCUCUCCUCUCUACUCUCUCCUCUCUCCUUUCUCCUCUGUCCUCUAUCCUCUAUCCUCUCUCCCCUCUUGUCUCCCUUAUCCUCUAUCCCCUUAUCCUCUCUCCUCUCUCCUCUCACCUCUAUCCUAUCUCCUCUCUCCUCUCUCCUCACUCUUCUCUCCUCUCUCCUCUCUCCUCUCUCCUCUCUCCUUUGUCCUCUAUCCUUUCUCCACUCUCCUCUCUCCUCUUUCCUCUCUCCUCUCUCUUCUCCUCUCCUCUCCUCUCUACUCUCUCCUCUCUCCUUUCUCCUCUCUCCUCUCUCCUCUCUCCUCUCCCCUCUCUCAUCUCUCCUCUCUCCUCUCUCCUCUCUCCUCUCUCCUCUCCUCUACUCUCUCAUCUCUCCUCUAUACUCUCCUCUAUACUCUUUUCUCUCUCAUCUAUCUCCUCCUCUCUCCUCUCUACUCUCUCCUCUAGUCUGUCUUCUCACUGCUUCCCAACUCAGCCUCACUAGCAGCAACACCACUGUUAGGCUGUUCUUUCCCUACGGCUGUGAAAGAACACCACAGUGGUCCAAAGAGGAUGUCAUCAAACAGAACGGCCACCAUGAAAACAGAACCGAGUAUCACAAAGCAUUAGUCUAGGAUCUCAAAAAUUGAAUGUGUAACAUUGAGCUGAGCCUUUAACCUGUUUAGUUCUUUAGUCCUGGACCAACUGAGCAUAGAGAUGAGCCUUUAAUCAUUUUAGUUAUUUAGUCCUGGACACACUGAGCACAGAGCUGAGCCUUUAACCUGUUUAGUUUUUAGUCCUGGACACACUGAGCACAGAGAAGCACUGAGAAGCGCUGAGCACUGAGCCAGACCCUCUAAGCAUAGACACUGCAUCGUUUAACAUCACAGAGCAGAACUGAGUACAGAGCUAUGGCUCUGCUGUGUAGUCGUUAUCAGCAGUCAGAGCUUUAUGUCUACAUGUUCUCUGUACCUCCUUAACCCUCAUCAACUCCACUCCACUCUCAGUCUUACUCUCCUCUCUGUGCUGUGCUGCAUAAUGCUGUUAUAGCUCUCAGUCUUUCUCUGUGCUGUGUUAGCUCUGUGUUAGCUCUCUGGUGAGGGAAUGAAUGGCUCUGUGUUAGCUCUGUAUUAGCUCUUUGGUGAGGGAAUUAAUGGUUCUUUGUUAGCUCUGUGUUAGCUCUCUGAGGGAAUGAAUGUUUUUUUUUUUUUGCCAGGUGAGCAAGGCUUACUUCAGCACCCUCCCUGUGGACAGCUCUCCACUCACUGCUCUUUGUGUGAUCCACAUCCUUCCUUCAGUGGCAUAA